UUCUUUAGAGCACACGUUCAUCCCUGAAGACAAGUAUGAAGUUUUUGCUUUUUCUAUACAUCUUAGGAGCUUGCUUAUCAGUACUAACACAUGCGGACGAAACAUCGGAGAAACGUUAUUACUGCAAUUCAAGACGACUUCAGUGUUUUGAGUACAACGGCUGGAGCCUCAUCACCCCCAUACUUUACUCUAGCAUAGAGGCUUGCAGGCAGAAUUGCCCUUGGUAUUGAAAUUGGCGACGCCUUGCUCGCCUGAUACUAAGCGACUUGCCUAGCCUACUGCGCACUAACGCGCGACCGAAAGAACGGUAAAUAAAUUAUGUGAU